UUUUUAUUUAUGUUUUAAGCUUAACUGAUGAUUCAUUUAAAUUAAUUAAUGAAUUAUUUUAUUUUUUGAUAAAAAAUGCCUAAAGGGGCAAUACAUUUCACUGGUAGCAAUUUUGCCAUAAGAAGAAGGUUAAGAUGGGAUAUUCUAGACAGAAUGAGAAAAUUAAUAGAAAAUGGGACAUACAAAAGGCCAAGAUGGAUGGAUUGGGUAGAGCGUUAUCCACCGCUUGAGACUAGGAACCUUCUUCAUACUGAAAAGGUUAUAAAAAAUGUCUAUUUGCCUCUAAUAAACUCUCUUCUUAAAAAGUAUCCUCAUUUGAGGUUCGAAGGCUGUUUUAACUCCGAAAAUGAGUGGCAAAAAGGAUUUGACAAUUAUACUUUCGAUCAUCCGGUGAUGCAAUUUGUAUCAUAUCAACUAAGUCUUAUGAAUAAAGGAAUUAGUAAGGAAGAAGCCUUUUUAAGAGCUGAGAAAGUGUUUUAUAAGAAUCGAAUUGAAUCUGAGAAGAAACAAAGGGUGUCAAUGGCAUUUGGUCUCGAUGAAGAGGAAUCACUCUCAUAUACUGCGGGAUCCGCUUAUCUAGCCGAAAAAGAGGCUAAAGAUAAAGUUAAAUUUCUUACUGAGAUUAGAGAUGAGCUUCGGAAGUUAAAGGAGGGAGUUUUAGGAGAUAAACGACAAAAAUCUGGUGAUUAAUGGGUUGUAAAAUGAAACUUUAAAUUCCCUUAUUUUCCCUGUUUA